AGCGCCUCGGCAGCAAUGGAUGCUUCGGCGUCGCCAUCCCCGCGGAGAGAAUCCAUUUUCAGUGUGCGCGCAGUUAAACUGAAUUCGAGUUUGAAACAACGGGGCACUCUACAUCGGCGUUUCUCGCCAGUUGAGAUAGUUCAGCAGCUAUCGGCUGUGAUCAUGUCCUCAGUUCUGCAGAAGCUGAUCAGCCCUCUGGCCAGCAGCCCCGCUGAGCCUCCCAGGAACAAGGUGACGGUGGUCGGGGUGGGCCAGGUGGGAAUGGCCUGCGCCGUUAGCAUCCUGCUGCGGGACCUGUGUGAUGAGCUGGCUCUUGUGGAUGUGAUGGAGGAUCGUCUGAAAGGAGAGAUGAUGGACCUGCAGCACGGCAGCCUCUUUCUCAAGACCUCCAAGAUAGUCGCUGACAAAGACUACGCAGUGACAGCCAACUCCCGCCUGGUCGUGGUGACGGCUGGUGUUCGCCAGCAGGAGGGCGAGAGCCGCCUCAACCUGGUGCAGAGGAACGUCAACGUCUUCAAGUCCAUCAUCCCCCAGAUCAUCAAGUACAGUCCCAACUGCACGCUCAUCGUGGUCUCCAACCCGGUUGAUGUGCUGACCUAUGUCACCUGGAAGCUGAGCGGUCUGCCAAAGCACCGUGUCAUUGGCAGCGGCACCAACCUGGACUCAGCCCGCUUCCGUUACCUGAUGGCCGAACGCCUCGGCAUCCACGCCAGCUCCUUCAACGGCUGGGUGCUGGGCGAGCACGGAGACACCAGCGUGCCUGUGUGGAGCGGUGCCAACGUGGCUGGAGUCAACUUGCAGAAGCUGAAUCCUGAGAUCGGCACCGAUACUGAUAAAGAACAGUGGAAGGCCACACACAAGGCUGUGGUGGACAGUGCCUACGAGGUGAUCAAGCUGAAGGGUUACACCAACUGGGCCAUCGGCCUGAGCGUGGCCGACCUGACUGAGAGCAUCAUCAAGAACAUGAGCCGGGUACACCCUGUCUCCACCAUGGUCAAGGACAUGUAUGGUAUUGGCGAGGAGGUCUUCCUGUCUCUGCCCUGCGUGCUGAACAGCACCGGCGUGGGCAGCGUGAUCAACAUGACCCUGACCGACGCCGAGGUGGCCCAGCUGAGGAAGAGUGCCGACACGCUGUGGGGCAUCCAGAAGGACCUCAAGGACAUCUGAACCUACCUGCAAAUAUAGCACACGCCCUUCAUGCAGAGGCCUGUCGACACGCACACACACCUUUCAUAACGUCCCUUUCUCUUAGAUUGUAUUGCUCUUAUUUUAAAGGAUAAUAUCAGUGUUUUUCAUGAAAAUUGUCAUCGGGCCUGAUAUGGCCAUUCUCAUGUCAGUGUUGUCAACGCCUACUUCCUGUCAAUCACCUGUCACCUGUGAGUCUAAAAACACUUGUAUGAUCCUUUGAAAAAAUAAGCACAUUUGCUCCCAAACAGCUUGUAGACUGAAGUUACUGUGUUACUGUGUUUGUGUUAGGAGAUGAAAGACGACCUCUGUAGUGUACACUGUGUUUCAGAUGUUUAGACCAGGAUCAAACACAACCCUCAAAACAGCCCAAAGCGUCAGAGUCCUCCUCCACCACUUACUGCACUGAGUCGUUGAUUAAAUUCCCUGCAAGGAAUCACUGAGAGAAAGAACUAGAGAAAGACCCUAAACAUCCAAAAGGACACUGCUUUCCUCCUGCAUUCAUCUAAAAGUGGUAGAAGUAGGACAGUAGAGAGGCGACUGCACACUUAGGGUAACAUAGGUUAAGUUGUGACAUUGUGAGUGUGACGGUGGUCGUUCUUCCCCUCUUGUGUCCUCGGUGUUAGCAAAGGGAGAGGAGUGGUUACGUCCAGCUCGGGUUGCUGUCUUCAAACAACGUUUUCUUACUGUUGGACCUUUGUGCUGGAAACUGUCGGAGACAGCAACAUGUAACUUAAUAAACUGAACUUCCUGAAGGGU